AUGGGGUAUUGUCGCGAGGGAGACGGACACGCACCGCACUGUGCGCCGAAUAGAGACGGCGAUAGGCGCAAGGUGGGCCGUACUCGCGCGGCCCCCAUUGGCGGCGCCCACCCCGCCCAGAGCCCCGUCCCGCGCCGGCCCGAUACCCACGCGAGCACCACACGAGCUCCUCAGUCUAUCGUCCGACUUCGACGCGAAACAAUCGCCUCUCAGUGCCCAUUCACCUUUGUGCCAUAG